AUGACAUCCACCGUCGUCGGCGCGCUCGCGUGCCAGGUAGACUCCUACCUCAAGUCCUUCGACACCACCGUCGUCUCCUGCCGCGAAGUCGAGCGCGCGCCGGCAAAGACAAACGGCAAGGCAAAGGGAAAGGCCAAGAAAGAGGCCGUUGAGGAGGAGAAGCCUGUUGAGUAUGAGCUCGAGCUCAAGGAUACAAUUCUGUUUCCCGAGGGAGGAGGCCAACCAUCCGACUCGGGCCUCAUCAAGACAGCAGAGACCUCGAUCCCGGUCCUCGCGAUCCGCAGAGCGUUCCUCACCGCUCUCCACAAAGUCCCCACCCCGCUCCCGCCCUCGACCCCCGUCACGCUCUCGCUCGACUGGCCCCGCAGGUUCGACCACAUGCAGCAGCACUCCGGCCAGCACCUCAUCUCCGCCGUGCUCGACGAACGCAAGAUCCCCACGCUCGCAUGGAACCUCGGCGAGAAGUUCUCCUACGUCGAGCUCCCGCGCAAGCUCUCCGACGAGGAGGUAGCAGAGGUCGAGGACCGCUGCAACGACGUCAUCCGCCAGGGCCUCGAUAUCACGGUCGAGGUUCCGGACAAGGACCUCGUCAACAAAGAGAAACUCCCGGACGACUACGACGCCGAGCGCGGCAUUCUGCGUGUUGUUCAUAUCGGCGACUUGGACGCGAACCCAUGCUGCGGCACGCACCUGCGCAACACGCGAGAGAUGAACGCAAUCGCGCUUCUGCACCAGGUCCCCAACAAAGGCACAAACAGCCGGCUCUACUUCCUAAUCGGCGACCGCGUGCGCAAGUACGCGACCGAGACCCACGCGCUCACGCGCAGACUGAACGCAAAACUGUCAUGCCAGACCGACGAGAUCGAGAGCAAGGUCGCCCGGCUUGAAGGGUUGCUAAGGGACGCGCUCAAGCGGGAGAAGAUGUGGGUUGCCGACGUCGUCGCGUCUGAGGCGGCGAGUGUGCGGGCGUCGCUUGAGAGCACGCAGAAAGCGUUUGUCUACCGUCCGGACGUGGGAUUGGACUACCUGAUGACGCUCGUGGCUGAGCUUGGCGAGCUCAAGGAAGGACAGCUUCUUGUGCUCGCGGCAGGGCAGGUCAAGAGUCCGGGGGCAUUGAUGGUGCUGGGUGGUGGUGCGGAUAAACUGGCGGCGAAGAUUAAGGAUGUUGUCAAGAGCGUCAAGGGAGGAGGCAAGGGCGCAAAGUGGCAGGGGAAGGUCACCGAGUGGGAGAAGGGAGAGGUGGAGGCUGUUAGAGAGGUUUUGGAGAGUUAUGUUGCUUAG